UUAAAGUGGCCGUCGGACUCGGAGCAUUUUCACGUCGUAACUCCAUAAUCCACUUCCGCCAUCCGUGGAGCAAAAAUGCCUGAAAUGGCGACGGGGAAGCAACAGAAGAAGGCCGAAGGAGAAGAAGACCCAAAUGUCAAUCCUCUAAUUUGCUCUGCGGAGCUCAUCCUUCCAUGGCUGAACCCACGAGAACUCGCCAGCGCCGCCUCCACUUGCAAAACCCUAGCACAACUCUCCCGGCUCAUCACUCUCCGGCGAACCUCCGACGCUACCAGAUCCUUGGAGAAACUUCCCGUUCCUUUCCGCGGCAGCAGCCAGAGAAACUCCCCGCCAUAUGCCUAUUUCCUGUACGCUGAAUCUCAGCUGCUCUCGUCCGAAUCCCCCGACCGCCAGCCGUGGGGUUCCCCAAGUUCCUCCACCGUCGCUGGAGCAGGCUCAUCGAAACAAUCAGCCGCGGAGAACGGCUGCGGAUGCGGUUGCGAGGGAUGCGGAAUUGGGAAUCGAAGUUUGGAAAGGGAAGAGCUUGAAGUGGGAGUACUCAGCGAGUGCGGAUCAGGUUGCGGAUGUGGAUUGGAAUGCAGGAAUCGAUUGACCCAGAGAGGAAUUAGGGUUAAACUGAAGAUUGUUUGGAGUGAAAGGAAAAGCUGGUGCUUGUUGGCCGAUCAAUUGAUUCCACAAGGCCAAUUCGUCUGUGAAUAUACCGGGGAACUGCUGACAACCCAAGAAGCAAGACGCCGGCAGCAGGCCUACGACGGCGGCCGGUUCUCUUCUUCAGCACUUUUGGUGGUGAGAGAGCAUCUCCCAUCUGGGAAAGCUUGUUUGAGGGUGAACAUUGAUGCGACGAAGAUAGGGAACGUGGCGAAAUUCAUCAAUCAUUCCUGUGAUGGCGGGAACCUGUGGACGGUGUUAGUAAGGAGCCCUGGAGCUUUCUUGCCUCGGCUCUGUUUCUUUGCCAGCAGAGACAUUAGCAAAGACGAAGAGCUCUGUUUCAGCUACGGCCAGAGCAGGGCGAGGCCGAAUGGGCGGCAGUGCUUCUGUGGCAGCCCUGUUUGUUCUGGAACUUUGCCUUCUGAAGCGACUUAGUUUAGUGCACUGAUACGGAUUUCCAUAUCAGUUUAACUGAGAAUCUAUUCAGGACCUUUCCAUCCCAUUUUUAAGAAGAAAAAAAAAAAGGCCAUUCCCCCUGAGAUCUGCCAUAAAGCUUCGUAUCUGCGUUUCACUAUCUUUCUCCAAAUCCAAGAACCAAAAGCAGACGGAUUGACAUCUCAAAUUGACCGUUGCCUAAUUGUAUCUCUAGUCCAAGGGAUCCCAUAAGGG